UCCAAGGAGCUCAAUUGUCGGUUGGUUGGAUGAGCACUUUUGCACUUGCUUCACCAGGUCGUGUUGUCACAGCCUUUCCAGUAUUAUUGAGAGGUGUGUCACAGGUUGGCUAGGUUCUUCUGAGAAGUUUACAAGGUUAUCCAGGUACAUGAUCACAAAUUGUGCUAUGAAACCUACUGCAACAUUGUGAACAAAGCCAUGGAAAGUACCUGGAGCACUGGGCAGAAGUGUCCAGCACGGUGGGCUACUGCUGAGGGCACGUCCUAUCUCUUUUCCCCUGAGAAAGGAACUUGGGAACAUUGUAAAUCCUCCUGCAUGUCUCAGUCUGCCCAGCUGCUCAGCAUUGAGAACAGAAAAGAGCUGGAUUUCAUAAGACAAGAAUUAUAUCGAUAUUAUGAAGAUCGUAAAGGUGUUCUCUGGUACUACCCAUUCUGGAUUGGACUGUCAUAUGAUCCUGGAUCCAGGAAGUGGGUCUGGGAAGACAACACAGCUCUCUCCUCUGGCCUGUUUGAUCUCCAAGACCUCAGUCAUCAGAAUGAUCCGGGCAGAGUUUGUGCCUAUAUCCAAGGUGGGAAAGCUAAGCCUGCAGGCUGUGGAGAAACUCACUUCUGCAUCUGUGAGAAGGAAAAAAAGUAGAGACACAUUAAUGGGAAAAAAGUGGGAAUGCCAGCCUGAGAUGCUACAUAGACACACGGAAACAUCAUUUUUUUUCUGCCCCCUCUGGACUUUUGUGUGUGUGCCUGUUUUCUGGAUCUCUCUCCCCAGCAAUGAAGCUGCCUGUACUGGAGCCAACAGACAUGGAUAGGACCCUCCUGCUUACAUCCCCAGAUCUCACUUUCUUGGUCCUAUAUUUUGAGCAUGUGUUGGCAGCCACUUGGGAAAAGAGGAAGUCCUAAGAGGCAACAGUGUGUAUGGCCAUAGGAGCAUCCCAGGCCCCUGGAAAUGAGAGAUGGAAAUAUACCUGCCAUCCUGCAGUGACGUUUGCCCAAGUGCCAGAGCUACAGGAAUAGGGUUUCCUUCAUUUCUUUGGGGAGACUCCAUGUCCUCUAUAUGUUACAAAAUUAUACCUUGCUUCUGGAAUAAA